GGCAAGUGAAUUAGAAAUGGCCGCCCCUAUAGUUAACAGAAACUUUCUUCAAGUUAUAAGUAAAUUGGCCGUUUUACCGAAGUACCAUGCGAGGACUGUCUCGCAGAAGCAAUUUUAUUGUUGCGCAGCAAAUAUAGAUUGGCGAAUCCGAUAUAAAAUCGUCGGCAAUGACCUUAGUGGACAUUGUGCACAAAAUAUUAGAAACUUCUCUCGGUCUUUGUCAACUAUAACAACACCAAACAACAACAUGGCAAUAACAAUAACGAAUUACUUUGUUCAUUGUCGAGACAAAAGUAGGCCUAACCAUAUCCAAGAUCAGCGACGUUAUUACUGCUCUCCAGAGGAAAGUGACAAGCAGCAUGUGACAAAAAGUGAACAUAUUCCUAUGAAACUCAUGGAUGUUGAUGAUAUUGUUUGGCCAAAUUUGUGGAAAACAAUAAAAAAUCAAAUUUACUACAAACUUGUGCAAAUAUAUUUUGAUAACAAGUUUUCUAUCACGGAGUUUACAGAUGGAACAAAGCAGGCAUUUUCGUAUGUUUCCAACUUGCUCUCAGAUGGAAAGUUUGAUGAAUUGGAGGAUGAAAAACUUGUGACUGGAGAGGCCCUUAGAGAGGUGAGGUGGAACUAUAAUAAGUUGGAUUUAAAGCAGAAGAUGCUUCUAGCAGUUCCCACCUCUGACAUCUAUUUUGCCUUUCCUUACGAGGUUGAAAUAAUAUAUGAUGAAGAAAAGGGAAAGAAGUUUCUAGAGAUUAUGAUGGUGUUCCACUGCUUCAAAGGAUUAGAUACUUUCAAAAAGAGCAGUGAAGCCACCUUUAAUGAGCUGCAGCAAAACAAAUCUAAUAUAACAAUAGCAAAUUACAGAUUUAUUCGAGAGUACACAAAGGGAGUGAAUGGCAACUGGACAAUUAACGUGCUAAAUCACAUCAGGCCGAUAGAGCAUGAGGAUGAGAAAUCAUCCAGCUGAUCUGAUCCGAUUGAUAAUUGGAGACGUAGUGCUUACAACAUGUAGGAAGUCAUAACGCAAAGAGAAAAACUCGUAGGUAAAUAAACCGCACGUCAUCAGCAAUGUGCUGUCGUCAGAAGAAUCUACAGAGACCGAUGGGACACUCGAUUCGUGAUUGAAUUUUGCAGUGAUAUGCAUGCAAUUCAAUGCCGAGGCAGGAUUUGUGCUGAUUAAAGAAAGCUAGUUUUGCUAGAUGGAGGAUGAAAGAGGAUAUUAGAUUCAAUUUCAGAUUUAUUUUUUAAAAGCAGCAGCAACACGUCUCUGUAACAUUUACGUCUUGAGGUGUAGGGCAGAUUACAUUGCAUAACUGCUAAGCUUGGCUGACAAGUAGGCAAUUGCAGGCGUUCAGUUCUGUGGCUGUUUUUCUCUCCUUCUCAUGGCUUCCUCUGUGUUCACCAAAUUCUAGGCCUAACUCGGUAGCUGUCAUCGUUUCCAAGUGCCAAUGAUCAACUUUUUGCCAGUUUCUUCAAACCACAAUUUCCAAAAUUCUUUUACUUCACCCUGCAAUUACUAAGCCGUAGUAAUAUGAGUGUUAUCUAGACUGGCGCUACGGAUAUGUAUGAAGAACUGUGCGGUAAAAUGCACAUCAGGGACCAGAUGCAACUACAGCAUGGAACUCUUGGAAAAUUUACAACUUGCAUGUUUCUUGAAAGUAUUACGGAGAAACCAAAAUGUAAAUAGCUAUCAAGCCUGUUUGUGUUUACUGCUUCACAGAUACAGAUGUAUGGCAAAUUCAUAAUGGGGUAUAUUCAAUAUAGUGGUUUUCUAUAUAAGUGUUUACACAGUCAGUUUCUUUAGGAAAAGUUCGUUGUGAUAUGCUGGAAGUUUAACGAGGGUUUUUAAUAAAGACUAAACCAUGCAAAACAGA